ACCGCCGUUCCGCUUCCGCUGGCUGCCGCCCCCUCCGUCCCUGGCUGGUGGUGAUGGCGGCUGCUGCGUCCCUGUCUCCGGAGGAGCUGCUGCCCAAGGGCGGCUCGGGCAAGGCCGAGGAGCUGGAGGACGAGCUGGAGGAGGACGACGACGACGAGGAGCUGGACGAGACGCUGGCGGAGCGGCUGUGGGGGCUGACGGAGAUGUUCCCCGAGAGCGUCCGCUCGGCGGCCGGAGCCACCUUCGACCUGUCGCUGACGGUAGCGCAGAAGAUGUACAGAUUCUCCAGGGCAGCUCUGUGGAUUGGGACCACCUCCUUCAUGAUUCUAGUUCUUCCUGUUGUCUUUGAAACUGAAAAACUGCAGAUGGAGCAACAGCAGCAGCUGCAGCAGCGACAGAUCCUCCUCGGACCCAACACAGGGCUCUCGGGGGGAAUGCCAGGGGCCCUGCCUCCACUGUCUGGAAAAAUCUAAUUUGUGAAAGCUGCGUUGGAUUCGUAUCAUGGGAAGACCUUGAAAUUAUGAUAUAUUGAACUGUUGAUUUGUUGGGUCAGGGCAUUUUUGUUUUUCAUUUGUUUGUUUUUAUUUUUGGUUCUCCUUUGGGACAUUGACCUGUUCAUAAUGAGGGGGGGAGGCCCACCCUCUGGACCUGAUGAUGGCUCCAGUCUGCAUCCUCCCCCCAUAGAAGUUGUGAGUUUUUCCUUUUAUUCAAUCAGUAUGCCAUAACCAGUUACAGACUUGAACAGGGGGAGUUCCUCUUCCAGCCUCCUUGGCCCCCACAAAACCACCCUUGGGCACAGGUCCGGCUUCGAAAGGCUGCGGUCAAACAAAACAAAUCCUUUCCUGACUGACUCAGACCUGAAGGACACCAGUGACAGGAGGAGGAGCGACUUUCCCAGCAGGUGAAGCAAAGGAGAGGUGUGGGUAGCUGUACCCCAUGGAAAACACUCUCUGGGAAGACGCAUCUGCAAAAAUACUUUUGCUGCAACUUUGCAUGUGAGAACUGAGGGAGCAGCAGGACAGGUUCAAGACGAUCACAUCCGCACUGAUCCUCUGCCUCAUAAAGUAGAACUUCAGAUAUCGGCUGAUAUUUUUUUGUAUUGAAUAUUAAAUAAAUCCAACCUGAGCAGCGUGGUUUUAAUAAGA